CAUCACUUGAUGACAUGUACGAGCUUUGCGCGACUUCUGUAAAUGCCGGUUAUUCUUUUUGACUAGUUGCGUUGAAACUGGAGUUGGAACACCCCCUUUUGCAUGUAUGCCACUUUACCCCAGGAUUUGUAUACCUCGGCCAGGUUUCCCGAACAAGGUCCGCCGACCCACCCACACUCACAAUGUCCGUUUAUACCAAUUUCAUUUGUCGUUUGGAUUUUUUUGUACCUAUUAAGUCGCUGCAUCCUCGUACCAGACGUCAAGGUGUUUUUGCGUAUGAUUUCUUGGUCCCUUCACUUUUUCUUUUUCUUUUUUACUCCUAUACUAUAUCUCGGUUAUCCAAACCGAACGUCAUGAUCUUGCAUUAUCCAUUUUUUAGGAUCCGGCUGAGGGUGCCGUGAAGGAGGGAAGUUCAUCUUCUACAUUCGACUUACGAAUCAAUCAUAAAUCAAUACAAUAUAUGAAUAAAUAAAUACAUUCUUACGUG